AUGCCAAACAAGACCGCCAACACACCUCUGUAUGGGCAAGCAUCUCCGCGAGUUCCGAGUCCCGCAUUAUUCCCACGGUAUGAUGCUUCGAAAUCGCUGUCGAGUCACGAAUUAAAUGAAAUUGCGCCAGCCAAAAGCAGAUCUCAGCCAGGUAGAAACAGGCGAGACGAUGGAUCGAAACAACAUGGCGAUUCUGGAGAGCAAACAAAUGAUGACGGGCCGCAAACGACGGAGCGGGCAACGAACCAGACACUCCCACAGGAGAAGGCCAAUUGGCAACUAGUCAGUGCAUGUCUCAUGAACUUUGGCAAUGGAAUGAACGAUAGUGCGCCUGGUGCCUUGAUCCCAUAUCUCGAGAAAGACUACCACAUCGGAUAUGCCAUUGUUUCACUGAUUUUCAUCGCCAACGCCGUCGGAUUUAUCCUUGCCGCUCCUUUGACUCACACGAUUAAGGCCAAAGUAGGUCAUUGUAGAAGCUAUGCACUGUCUAUGGGCCUCGUCACUGUGAGCUAUAUAGCGAUUGUCUGUCACCCACCCUUUGCUGUCGUCGUAGCUGCUUUUCUUCUUCUCGGCUUUGGAAUGGCCAUGAGCAUAGCCAUGAACAACGUGUUCUGCGCAAAUCUUCACAACUCCACCACUGCACUGGGCUGCUUUUCUGGAGCCUAUGGCAUCGGUGGAGUUAUCUCACCAUUGUUUGCCACAGCCAUGGUGUCUCACGACAUUCGUUGGGCAUACUUCUACACCAUCACAUUGGCUGUUUCUGUGGCCAACCUGUUGCUCUCAAGCUUCGCAUUUUGGGAUUACGAUGAGAAUGCCACUAUGGUCUCCCAAAGGGCACCCGGCUCAGCAAUUCCUCACAUGACCAGUAAUAAUGAUCAUUCACAGGGUCGAUUGCAGAUGCUAAAAAAGGGGAUUCAAGAUCGCACGACGAUACUAGGAUCACUGUUCAUCUUCGCCUAUCAAGGUGCCGAAGUCUCCGUUUCAGGCUGGAUAGUCUCAUUUCUCAUCAACUACCGGGGUGGGGAUUCUCGAAGCGUCGGCUAUGUGAGUGCCGGCUUUUGGGCUGGGAUCACUCUUGGGCGAUUUCUGAUCGUGUAUCCCGCCCACCGAAUUGGAGAGAAAAUUGUCGUCGGGUUGUUAGUAGCCGGGGCGAUUGCCUUUCAACUCAUGACCUGGCUAAUCCCAAAUAUUAUCGGCGAGGCCGUGGCUGUGGCGGUCCUCGGCUUGUUGUUGGGUCCCUUAUACCCAUGCUCUACAGCGGUGUUCGCGAAACUCUUAUCUCGGCAGAUGCAACUUGUAAGCCUGAGCUUCAUCAGUGCUCUUGGGAGUAGUGGUGGGGCUAUUUUUCCUUUCCUAACUGGCAUUCUUGCACAGCAGGUGGGCACAAUGGUGCUACAUCCCAUUUGUCUUGUGUUGUAUGCGGCGAUGCUCAUCACUUGGUGCUCCUUACCGAAGAUCUCGAAGCGAUCGGAGUAA